AUGACGUUCCUCCCGAUGCGGACACUUACCAUUGGGUUUGUGGCCAUCUCGCUGGUGACGGGACAGUUCGAUCCACACUUCAAGGCAGGCCACAGUGCGAUCGUGCAGUUGUUCGAGUGGCGCUACGAAGACAUUGCCCGGGAGUGUCGGGAAUAUUUGGGUCCGAGUGGGUUUGGCGGUGUGCAACUUUCUCCGGUGAACGAGGUACGGGACGGUGACUCGUGGAUGGACCGGUACGAGCCCGUAUCGUACCGUUUGGUGAGUCGCUCCGGAUCGGAGCUGGCUCUCCGCUCGAUGGUGGAAACGUGCAACGAGGCCGGUGUAAGGGUUUACGUUGAGGUGGUGCUGAACCAUAUGGCGCGGACAGUCAACAACCAGGGUUCGAUCCGAGGGACGGGCGGUUCGAUCGUCAACCCGACCACUCGCGACUACCCGGACGCACCGUACAGCGCGGGUGACUUUAACGACCCCUGCCGGAUUGUGAAUCCACACGAUCCGCACGAACUGCGCCAUUGCUGGAAGGAGGAUCGGCCCGAUCUGAACCACGGCCUGGCUCGGGUUCGCCAGCGGAUUGUGGACUUUCUCAACCGUCUGCUGGCGCUCGGCGUGGCGGGGUUCUUCGUCGAUUCCGCGCUGUACAUGUGGCCGCACGAUCUACGCUCCAUCUUCGAUCGGGUGCACAAUUUGAGCGUUGCUGGUGGAAUCUUCUCGCCCGGAACACGUCCGUUCGUCUGUUACGAUCUAUCCUACCAUGGGACGGGAACUCCGGGUGUCACUUGGACCGAGUACGCCGACCUCGGCAUGAUCGCGAUCGAUCGAUUCGCAUACGACAUCGGGGACGUGCUGUUGAGGCGCAAACCGUUUCACUACUUUGUCCACCUUGGUACCAGGCUCGGCUACGUCCCCCGGGAGAAGGCGCUCAUUUACGCCUCCAGUCCAGCGCUACAACGACUUCCCGAUGCCGAUGGAGACCUCUGGGUGGUAUCGGUGAAGAAUAGACGAGCGUACCAGAUCGCCCUGGCCUUUAUGCUCUCCCACCGGUACGGAGUGGCACGCAUCACCAGUUCGUACGACUUCAGCGACCCUUCGGAGGGUCCUCCGAGCGAUGGCCGUGGAAACAUCGAACCGGUGCAGUUCCACGAUGCUGGCGAACCUUGCAAGAAACCGUGGGUUUGCGAGCACCGUUGGCCGAUUGUGCAGAAGAUGGUACGGUUCCGGCGAGCCACGAACGGAACCGGCGUGGUCAGCUGGGUGGACAAUGGCCAGAACCAGAUCGCUUUCUGUCGCGAUCGGGUCGGAUUUGUGGCGUUCAAUGCGGAAGUCUCGCUCACGCUCAAGGCUCCAGUGUACACGUGCCUUGACGAGGGAUCGUACUGCGAUCUUAUCAGCGGUGGAGGGGAUCCGGUCGAUCCCGGGGGCGAGUGUUCCGGAUCCACCAUCACCGUGGACGAUGAGGGAAGGACGGAGGUGUUCAUCCGGGGCCAUCUUGAUGAGCCAUUCCUGGCGUUACUCGCGACCAUUCAACCGGAGUAG